AUGGCUGGCACGGAUAAGUUGUGGAGCAGGUGUGGACAAUGCCAGGCCUGCGAGUGGAAUACGGUACUCCGCCGCCGCCACUUGGCAUGCAGCAAGUGUGGCAGCACUGUGGAGCUGUACAUUGGCAAGAAGCGUGGAGUUCACUUCGCGGCAGUCGAGAGUGAGGAUGACCACUUCUACGACGCGACCAGCGACAGUGACGCAGAUGACACCAAGGCCCGCAGGCCCCUCCCCCCAGGCAUCCUGAAGAAGGGUAGCACCGGCGGGGGCAAGGGCGGCAAGGGCACGUCCAUCCGAGGCCUGCUGAAGCAGGCGGCGGCGGCAGCCAAGGAGGACGGCGACGAAGAGCUGAUGCGCCACCUCGACAGCCAGAUUGAGAGGCUCGAGAAGACGGAGCAAGGGGCCAAGGCGCAGCAGAUCUCCCCAGCAAAGUUCAAGGCCGCGGAGCUGAAGAGCAAGGCUGCAGGCAAGGGGACGGCAGCUACGGCGACGGCGGCAUCAGCUGCUGGCGCUGCGCACAGAAGGGACACGGUGAUCUUCUUUGCCAAUGUUACCUGUCUGACGGAUAAAGCAUGGAAAUUCAUUACGGCCAAGCCAACAGCGUUUGACCAUUGGGCUAUAGUCGAAUCGCAUAUUCACCUGGGCACGGAGCUCAACAAGCUUGCCAAGGACGCGAAGAAGUACAACCUUCGCACAGCAUAUGCCAAGAUAUGCGGACAGCUGUGCGACUCACGGCCACCCAACGUUCAUACGAUCAUCAACCCAGGGAAGGAGCCGCCCAUGGAUGAGUGGACUACCCUCCUCAAGUGCCCGCUGACGACGGCGGCCCCAGUCCUGGAUUCUUUCGUCGAUUGUUCACGGAAACUUCAAGCACGUGCACAGCGCACGGCAGUGCGCGAGUCCCUGCACGAUUUCAAGCAGUGGGUUACGGACGACCCCAGUGCGAAUGGCAUCCUUCACAAGGCCCUGAAGCAGCAGCCGACGCCACCACCUGACCUCGAGGUUGACGGUAAGGUUUUGAUCCACCCGGCCCAGAUCCUGGAUCAGAAAGCGGCAUCGACCCCCGUCUUUGCCGCCCCCCCGAUGCCAGGCCUCCGGCGCCGCACCACGGCCUCGGGCCCGCACGGCCCGCAGGCGAUUCUGAUUCGCAAGCGUUACGUGAGGGUUGGCGCCGACGGUCCGUGCGAGGCAGGCGGGCCCGAAAGCAACAGAGGACGGCAGGCGCUGGCUGGACUCAAGGCUCACGACAGCAGCCCCAGCCCCCACCCCGCCUUCUCGGCGACCGUGGCGUCGCAGAGGCGGAGGUCCCCGCUCGGGCUCGGAGCCGUUGGAUCCGCUGGGAUCCUUGGCGGGGGUGGGGGCUGGACCUGCAGCUGCGAUGGCAGCACCUUGGUCUUCGACUUCCACCCCUGGAUGCUCUUGCUGGGCGGCAAGCACCUGGGGCGCUGCUGCUUGGUCCUGCCGGUGCCCGUGCACGCCGUGCCCGGCUGGGACCCCAGGCUGGCACUCGCCGCGGCCCAGGCCGCGGGCGGCGUGCCGAGCCGCUGGGCGGCCGACGCGGCGGCGCCCUCCCGCGCGGCCUGGCAGAGGAAGCAGGCGCAGACCCCGCAGCGCCCCAGCGGAGAGGAGUGCACGGCGCAGCACGCCAAGAUGGCGAGCGACACGCUGCGCUCGCACCUGCGCGCCCUGCAGGAGGUAGACUCGCGCCGCGUCGUCCAGGUGCGCAAAAUCAGCAAGCUCGGCUUCCAGUCGGGGGCAGCGCUCGAGAGCCACUACUCUGCUUUCGGGAAGGUGGAGUGCGUGCGCGUCGCGUUCUCGCACGUCAAGCCGCAGUCCACUGGACUUGCUGUCCGGAUCCGUCCGUCGGGACUGGGUUUCGUCGUGAUGAGUUCAAUCGAGGAGGCGGAGAAGAUCAUAGAGGCUGGAGAGAACCAGGUCGUGAACGGAGUCGAGGUGCUCGUACGCCCGUACGAGGUCCGCGCAGCCAGCGAGAAGGAGCCAACCAACGAGGACAACAAUGAAGAUGACCUUCUUGUUGGUGCCUGAGCCUGGCGAUCUCAGCGAGGCCUUCGCCAAUAAUGUGGCGACCUACGGAAGCCUCUGGAAAAGUGUCCUGCCAGCGACGAUCCGCCUCCUGGCAAGGAUGAUCAAGCAUGGCCGCGUCUUCUGCGACUCGCGGCCUGAAUUUUAACACAGCCAGGUCGCAGUUCUGGAUAACACAGUCGUGCCAUGCCCACCUCUGCCUCUCUUCCCGCAGGCUGUGAAACAUUUCCAUCGUCAACCUCACCACCCUCAGGCCAGCCUCCUAGGCGCAGAGUGUGCAAUUUUACGUGUGUCUGCGCGGCAGACGCGGUUUUUCGACCCGCCGUGCUGGCGCAAGCUUGGCAAGGGGCCACUGUGCCUGGCGGUGCGUGGGCCCAGCUUGAGCCGGCGAGUGCGCCGUGUGCGUGGGCUUGGCCCAGACAUGACACGCGCAGCGGCUGUGGUCCCCGACGGGAGGCUUUCCCGUCUCCGACGACGGCAUAUCGAAGGAGGGCGAGGGCCGCCGGUGGUCUCGACCGUCCCCCCUCCGGCCGUGGAGGGCCGCCACUCGGUCUGCGGACGGAGUCCCGUCGGCUCUGCUGCAUGGGCUUUUCUCCUGGCGGGCACAGCGCAGCUUGUGUCUGUCCAUCCCCGAUACGACUCCUUCACGCCAGCAACCAGCCUGCCUGGCCGCGCCAGACGCGGCAACCGGGCGGUCGUGGAAUUUUUUAGGCGAGAGGCCACUUUGGAGCGCCAGGCGAGGGCAUCGGGCAGGGGCUUAUGGGUAUGUCCC